GGCUCCGGAGCUCUGGAUGCCGGGAGGAGGAGAGGAGAGCGGGCAGUGCAGCUCUAAGAUGAAAGCUCCAUCUGGGCAAGGCAUCAGGCUGGCAUGCCUGCUCCUGAGUCUGGCUGCCCCCUGCCUUCCCAGCCCCCUCUGGAAGGACAGGGACUCCCUGAUGCAGCAGGAGAAAGCCCACCAGACAGGUGGCAACUUGGUGCUGAGCAGGCAGGAGCAGCAGCUCAGUACAAAGCUGGUAGACCUCAAGAAGAAGGAAGUGGAAGCAGCCAUAGCUACAGGACAGUUCCCUCCAAGCAUGCACUUCUUCAGGGCAAAAAGCCUCAUUGACCAGAGCAAGGUGUUCAGCAUCUUAAAGCGCAUGCCUAAAGGCGCUGUGCUCCACCUGCACGACUUCGCCAUGCUGAGCGCGGGCUGGCUGGUGUUCAACGCCUCCUACCUGCCCGACUGCCACAUCUGCUUCACGGCCGCGGGCUCCGUGCGCUUCCGCUUCUCCCGGCCGCGGCCGCCGCCCGCGCCCCGCUGCUCCCCGUGGCUGCUGCUGGACACCUACCGGCGACAGCUCCGAGACGUGGCCGAGUUCGACAGAGGCUUGCUGAGAAACCUGACCCUGGUGACGGAUAGCCCUGAGCUGGCCUACCCUUCUCAGGCUUUCAUUUGGAAAAGAUUUGAAGAAGUCUUUCUCAUUGCCUCUGGACUUAUCUGCUAUGCACCUGUGUUCAAGGCCUAUUUCUACCAGGGGCUGCUGGAGCUCUAUGAAGAUAACAUACAGUAUGUUGAGAUAAGAGCUAUCCUGCCUGCGGUGUAUGAACUGGAUGGCACCAAGCACGACAAAUCCUGGUCUGUGGCAGCCUACCGGGAAGUGACCAGGCAGUUUGUGAAGGAGCACCCAGACUUUGUUGGAGCCAAGGUUAUAUUUGCAGCACACAGGAUGCUGAAUGUCUCCCAGAUUAAAGAAGACAUCAUCACUGCCAUGGCACUCAGAGCCCGCUUCCCAGACACCCUGGCAGGCUUUGACCUGGUCGGUGAUGAGGACCAAGGUCAUUCUUUAUGGGAGCUGAAGGAUGCCCUGACCAUCCCAUAUUCCAUGGGGGUCAACUUGCCUUACUUCUUCCAUGCUGGGGAGACUGACUGGCAGGGCACCUCUGUAGACAAUAAUGUGCUGGAUGCAUUGCUACUGAACACCAGCAGGAUUGGCCAUGGACUCGCUCUCAUUAAACACCCAGUAGCCAAAAAUUUGUCUCUGAAGAGGGAUAUUCCUGUGGAAGUCUGUCCCAUCUCCAACCAGGUCCUCCUGCUGGUAGCUGAUCUGAGGAGUCACCCUGCAGCUGACCUCAUGGCUGAAGGGCACCCCAUUGUGGUCAGCCCCGAUGAUCCCCCAAUCUUUGGGGCAAAGGGAGUCUCUUAUGACUUCUAUGAGGUGUUCAUGGCCAUUGGAGGGAUGAAUGCUGACCUGAGGACCCUAAAACAGCUUGCACUCAACUCCAUAAAAUACAGUGCCAUGCUGCCGGCUGAGAAAGCCAAGGCCAAAGAGCUCUGGCAGAAAAAAUGGGACCAAUUUGUGGCUGACCUCUCUGAUAGCUUUCUGAGGGAGCUGUAGAGAGAACAAGGCUCAUCUCAGAAGGCAUUUGGCAAGCUAGAGUGAGCCAGACUGAUUGCUAAGAGGGAGACUGCCUCUUCCAUGUGACCUGAGCAGAUGAAUGGACGUCAAAGUCUCACCUGGCCACUCUGCUAAGCCAGGCUUAAUGGGCUUAAAGCUAAGAAGGAGCUGCACUAUGCUGUGAAACUCAUGGGCUGCAGGU